GCCCCGGUGUGGGUGACGCGCCGGGUCCAGUGGAGGAGGACAUAGCGAGGUGGCCGACCGGGCGGGGAGCACGGAGCGGGGCCCGGGGAUGUCGGUGAACAUGGAGGAGCUGCGGCACCAGGUGAUGAUCAAUCAGUUCGUGCUCGCGGCUGGGUGUGCGGCGGAUCAGGCCAAGCAGCUCCUGCAGGCGGCGCACUGGCAGUUCGAGGUGAGGGGGAGGAGGACAGACAGUGUUUAUACACUCACCAUGUGUUCUAUCUGUCUGUCUGAUCUAUACAGCAUUCCCACAGCUAUUAUAAUAUAUCAUUAUAUUAUUAUAUCUAUACAGCAUUCCCACAGCUAUUAUAAUAUAUCAUUAUAUCUAUACAGCAUUCCCACAGCUAUUAUAAUAUAUCAUUAUAUUAUUAUAUCUAUACAGCAUUCCCACAGCUAUUAUAAUAUAUCAUUAUAUCUAUACAGCAUUCCCACAGCUAUUAGAAUAUAUCAUUAUAUUAUUAUAUCUAUACAGCAUUCCCACAGCUAUUAUAAUAUAUCAUAUCAUAUCUAUACAGCAUUCCCACAGCUAUUAUAAUAUAUCAUAUCAUAUCUAUACAGCAUUCCCACAGCUAUUAUAAUAUAUCAUUAUAUCAUUAUAUUAUUAUAUCUAUACAGCAUUCCCACAACUAUUAUAAUAUAUCAUUAUAUCUAUACAGCAUUCCCACAGCUAUUAUAAUAUAUCAUUAUAUCUAUACAGCAUUCCCACAGCUAUUAUAAUAUAUCAUUAUAAUAUAUCAUAUCUAUACAGCAUUCCCACAGCUAUUAUAAUAUAUCAUUAUAUCUAUACAGCAUUCCCACAGCUAUUAUAAUAUAUCAUUAUAUCUAUACAGCAUUCCCACAGCUAUUAUAAUAUAUCAUUAUAAUAUAUCAUAUCUAUACAGCAUUCCCACAGCUAUUAUAAUAUAUCAUUAUAUCUAUACUGCAUUCCCACAGCUAUUAUAAUAUAUCAUUAUAUUAUUAUAUCUAUACAGCAUUCCCACAGCUAUUAUAAUAUAUCAUUAUAUCUAUACAGCAUUCCCACAGCUAUUAUAAUAUAUCAUAUCAUAUCUAUACAGCAUUCCCACAGCUAUUAUAAUAUAUCAUUAUAUCUAUACAGCAUUCCCACAGCUAUUAUAAUAUAUCAUAUCAUAUCUAUACAGCAUUCCCACAGCUAUUAUAAUAUAUCAUUAUAUCUAUACAGCAUUCCCACAGCUAUUAUAAUAUAUCAUAUCAUAUCUAUACAGCAUUCCCACAGCUAUUAUAAUAUAUCAUUAUAUUAUCAUAUCUAUACAGCAUUCCCACAGCUAUUAUAAUAUAUCAUUAUAUUAUUAUAUCUAUACAGCAUUCCCACAGCUAUUAUAAUAUAUCAUUAUAUUAUUAUAUCUAUACAGCAUUCCUAUAGCAUAUAUAUAUAUAUAUAUAUAUAUAUAUAUAUAUAUAUAUAUAUAUAUAUAUAUAUAUAUAUAUAUAUAUAUCUCAUUAUAAUACAUCAUUAUAUUAUAUCAUUAAAUCAUUAUCAUUUUAUAUAUAUAUAUAUAUACAGCAUUCCUAUAGCUAUCCAUUAUAUAUCAUUAUAUUUAUACAGCAUUCUUAUAGCUAUUUUAUAUAUAUUAUAUCUAUCCAUCAUUCUUUUAGCUAUCCAUUAUUAUAUAUAUCAUUAUAUUAUAUCUAUCCAUUCUUAUAGGUAUUUUAUAUAUAUCAUUAUAUUCUAUCUAUCCAUCAUUCUUAUAGCUAUCCAUUAUAUCUAUUUUUUUAUAUAUCUGUCAUUAUCAUUCUAUCUAUUAUACUUUUUUAUUUUUAUAUAUAUAUAUAUAUAUAUAUAUAUAUCUCUUUCAUUGUAACUAUAUCAUAGCUAUCUAUCAAUAUAUAUUAUAUUUAUCUUUCUACUAUAUGUAUUUAUCAUUAUUACAUCAGUCAUUGUUUAUUGUAUUUAUCUGUCUAUAAUUCUGUCUAUCAUUGUAUCUAUUAUAUCUUUCCAUCAUUCUAUCUAUCAUAUAGAUUCUGUCUAUUAUUGUAUUCUAUAUAUAUCAUUAUAUAUCUAUCCAUCUGUUCUAUCGAUCAUUCCAUUAUAUUGAUCAGUCUAUUAUAUCAAUCCUGUAUAUAUUUAUAUAGGUGUGUAAUUUUAAUGUGUGUGUGUGUGUAUACAUAUAAAUAGAGCGCAUGUAUGUGUUUGCGUUUGUACACAUGCAUUGUAUUCAUAGGUGUAUUGUUUUGUUUAUAUGCAUACAUACAGUUUUUUUCAUUUGGGGUGAGGGCUAAGCUUUGACUGCCCAGUGGCUGUGGAUGUCUUUUUUUUUUUUUUAAAUAUUUUUAUUUUAUCAUUAUUGAUAUUUAUAUAGCGGCAACUUAUUCCGCAGCGCUGUGCAAUAUUACGAAUGUGGAAAUUUAACAAAUGUUACUGCUCGAAAGAGCCUACAAUCUAAAGAUAAUACACAAUGGCUGACAAGCAUUAUAGGAAAUAUAGUCCAUGAGGCUUCAUGUGCAUUAUAGGUAACAGACAACAAAUGCCGGACUGCCAAGCUUAGUCAUUCGUAAUAUACACAAAAUUUAUAUAUGGUUGUUGGCAUGCUUCUUUCGUUUACGUAAAUGCACAUGUAAAUGAUAUUGUAAAAUUCAUGUCAUGCACAUAUACACUCAUCUUGCUUAUACACAUGUAGUGUGUGCACUAAAACAUUUAAUCUAUAUACACCAUUAAUUGUUUUCUUUACAAAAAAAGGCUAUACCAGACAGAGUGAUUUUAUUUGAACCCUAGAAAUAACUGAUGACGUUCUAUUGCUGCAUGCAUUCAAACAAAAGCUGUCAACGACAAAGCUUACAACCAUUAUACUACCUAUAAAAUGUGUAAGCAUGCUGUACAGACUCGCUUUAAAUGUGUAACCUUAAAUAAUUGCAUGAUGACAACGAUUGCGCACAUCCAUUUAAAUUAACAUAAUGUGAUGUAAUACAUAUAAACCUUAUAGAUUUAUUUAUUUUAAUUUUUUUUUUUUUUAAGUCAUUCUUUUUGUACUUCUAGUGUACAUCAUUGUAAAAUCAUGGAUGAAAAUGAUAAUACAGGCGUCCCCCACUCCUCCAUCCUGUGUAUAUCAUUGCCUGUCCAUGUACAGGCAAGGAUAUACUGAAAGAAUUAAUACAUUUAGGCGCAAUCUAUAUACUAAUCAUGCCUAGUGGACGUGUUGCCUUAGGUGUGAUUGCACAAUGGUGUUUAUUGCAUAAAUACAUUGAAAUGUGUAUACAGGGCAAUGUCAUUUUAAAUAUUGCAGUAUUAUAUCUACAGUAUGUCAUCAGACACAAAGGAUAUUUAUUUGUAAUGCACACUUAAAGCAAACCUAAAUAUAAAAAAAAGUAAUGAUUCUUUUAAAAAAUAUUUUAUUUAAACAGCCCGAUGUUUCUUGUACCGAUGGCUAUUUUGCAUAUUUACUGUAAAUGUAUAACCUUCCUUGGUUAUACAAUUCUCCAAAGAUUUUUUUUUUUUUAAAAAUUUUUAUUUGCAGCCAUAAUUGGUUUCAUCACAAAGCUUUCUAUUUGCAUGGAUGGUUUGUUAUAAAAUAGUUGAACCACUAUCCAGAGAUGGGGGAGAUGCAGUUUAGGGUGUUAAACCUGUCUGUUCAGUAUGGGAAGGAGAAGAAGGUGGGGGUUGGUUUAAAGCCCACGUGUCUAUUUAUAAACACAGUAAUUUUAUCUCCCAUGUAUACUUACAGCUUGCUCGGAUCCCUCAAUAUAUCCACCUCUGCCAGUAUGGGAUGUGUUUGCUUCCUAUAAUGUGAGCCUGGCCUUAUUAUGACAGGGGAGAACAGGGGGUUUCAAUAUGAACACUUUCACUUGUGAUUUUAAAUUCCCCUUUUGUUACAAGAACAACAAACAAAUGCAUGUACACAGACAAAGUCCAAUUGUAGAUAUUUUGUCACUGAACCGUUAAUUGUAACAAAUUAAAACAGAAUUGCAAAAUUCACGCUAAAAUAACCAGAGCUCACUCAAUAGUUGAGUGAUGGCUUAACGAUUCUAGCUCAAGUUGUUUAUUUGUUUUAGUUUUUUUUUUCGUUCACUGUUUAGGGAAAUAAAUGAAAAUCCAUCAUCUCUCUGAGGCAGAUUACUUGUCGUUUUUUUUUUUUGGUUUGUUUUUUAAAAACAUGCUUUAGAAAUGCAUAGGGGGAAAUAUCAAAACAUCUGAUAUGAGCAAAGUACAUUUAGUAUCUGUAGUUUGUACACAAAUGGAUGAAUAUCCAUUUUAUAACUGGUAUUAUUUACCUGUUAAUUAUUAAAGUACAGUAUCAUUCACAUUUCCUAAUAUAAACAAGAAGAAAGAAAAUUAUGAUUUCUAAAUCGCUAAUCCUGUUUGCUUAGCUUGCCUGUGUCACAUGCCUGAUUGUGAAAUCCUGCACAGUGACUGCCCAGCAGUGAGAGGGUUAACAUGCCAUUGUUAUUGUUGUCAGAUCCCCGCCUCGUUUUGCCGCACAGACACACACACACAAAUCUUAUCCCUACUCCUUUCUCUCUGCUGUUGUGGUAUUAGAGUUACUUUGUUUAUGUGAUCUUAUGAAGAGCAUGUUCCCCACCCCCAUCUCUAGGGACAAUACACAUUGUUUACAGCCAUAUAAGGAGGAGUCAGCAUUAGAACCCUGCUUCCUCUAUUGCUACUGUGUAUUGCACAAUCAUGUACAUCAAACAAGCUGAUCCACGCCAGUAUGCGUAAUGCUACAUUAUUGCAUUCUUUGUGAUUUUUACACAAGGCUCUGAAUAAAGAUGGUGUUGUGGACAUUCGUGUUUGUGUAUAAUCUGUAUUUUGUACCCUUGACCAUACAAAUCUUUAGUGGAAAUCAGCUUUCAAUUUUCAACCAAGGAGAUGCGUUGCAAAUUAUAUUACUGUUUGCAAUUUGUACUGACAUUUUUAUGUGCCUGUUCAUGUUGCUGUUGGUAAUCCUGCUUCUAGGAGUGCAGACACACGUCUCAUUGUUCGAUGUAUAUGUGUCAUGACACAUCUAUUUAAUGUCUAUGGAUAUAUUAAUAAACGAGCGCUUUCCAUUGGAGAACUGAUAAAUAAACUCGUGUUUUGGUUUUCAGACACCUGCCAUUCUGUUGCAAUGUUCUGAAGGAACAUUUAUUAUUUAUUUAUAAAAUAUUUUACCAGGAAAGAUACAUUGAGAUUUCUCUCGUUUUCAAGUAUGUCCUGGGAUUUUCAAGUAUGCAGUUAGACUGCACAGCUCUAUAACAAAAAUAAUUCCUUGUAUAUGUAUUACACUAUGUAUGCAUAGAGUAAGAUUCUGUUCCAUAUUUAUCAGAUGCAAUAUGUUGGUUUGUGGGCAGUUAUACCGUAUGGGAAUUAUAUUUGCGGCCUUGUUUCCAGAUGUAUGUGCUAGAAAAUGGAAUAACCUCAAAUAUCUCUCCCUUUUAUCUGUAUUCAGACGGCACUCAGCACUUUUUUUCAAGAAUCAAAUGUCCCCAGUGCUCAGCAUCAUCCACAUAUGGUAAGUAUUUUGUCUUUCAUGUUGUACACACUCUCAAUAACCUUGUAAGUGCUAUGUUGAUAUAAAUUCGUAGUUAAACUAUGUGCAAACUGUUUUAGAGGUUAAUAUGGGUGUUUCUCUAGAGUGCACGUGUCCAGGCUAGCUGUCCCCGCUGGCAGGAAUGUGUAACAGAUUAGUGAGUGUGUGACACCACAGGGCUGUCCACAGCAUGUAAACACUGCAGAGGCUGAAUGUGUAACCACCACAACAAAAUGGCUUCCAGGAAAUCGGGUGGGUGGAGAAGGGGGAUCUAAGAGGUGGGUUUCAAUGCUGUGCUGUGUGCGGAAGUGUAUGAUCUUUGCAUAAUUUUUUUGUUUAUAUCAUUUGUUGUCUGGUUCAUAUUCUGUUUGCAUGUGUUUUUUUUUAUUUUAUUUAUUUUUUACCGUUUUUUUCUUUGUAGCUUCUUUUGAUGUGUGUGUGUGUGUGUGUGUGUGUGUGUGUGUGAUAUAUAUAAUAUAUAAUAUAUAUAUAUAUAUAUAUAUAUAUAAAUUUUUUUUAUUUUUUUUUUUGUAAAAUAAAAACAAACCCUAUCAUCAAGAACUACAUAUUUAAGAUGCAUAAGGUUACAAGAUAAUGUCUUAUUGUGAUCUUAAAUUGUUGAUUACAUAUUAGAUCCCCAGCUAUUGUAAAACUGCAGUGUAUUUUACACCUGACAGAGCAUUAUGGCGGUUGUGUUUCUCUUAUAUCUAAGGAAAUAUCUUUUUGGACAGCCCUCUUUUUUUGAAAAAUGUUUUGUUUGCAGGUUGGUAUUUUAGAACUCUUGUUGUUUGAUUAGUCUGUAAACACUUUGCGGAUGUUAAGGUUUUAAUCUGUGCCUGGGGUUUAGUGUUAAUGCUUGGUAAUUACUAUUUGUGCUGCACAGAUGUGAAUUAGUGAUAGGUUAGGUUCCUUGUCUCAACCGGUGACCUUUGAAAGGCCCUGCUUGCUGUUUACAUGGUGAGAUCAGAGCCACCUUUGCACACAAACAGUCUGGGGAAAACAAAGGAGAAAGUAAAGAAGCAGUCACUCCUAGACUCUGUACUGAACUAAUGGAAGUCAUGUCAGAAUAUUUGAUUGUUUUAAGGUGACUAGUAUAAUUUUACUUGUGAUCUUCAUAUGGUGUGUGUUAGUCAGGGAGUUAAAUCUCUCAUGUAGAGUAGCGUGUAAACAAUUGUUUGUUUACAAAUAACGUAUUGUUUGAUUCCAUUUACUGGUAAUGCGGGUUGGUUGUACUGAAAUUUUUCAUAUGUAGACCUGUUAAGAUCAUUUCUUUUUCCAUAGCCAUUUUUUAUUUUUUUGUAAAUUAAAAGGAAAUCCACUUACGUUCACUGCUCAGGAAUUUUCUCGUCUGGUGGUGGGGGUGUUGCACAAGAGCUAUUCACAGAUCAUGCAAUGUGUUUUGAACAAAUCGGCUUACAUGUAAAAUGUUUUUUUUAUUUUUGGGGGGUUUUUUUUGGAGAACUAUGGGGGCCUUGUAAAAUGACUGAGUAGAAUUGUGUUGGCUGUCAAUCAGUGUGGACUUUUCACAGGUGUGUCUGCCAGUACAAAAGUUCACCCCAAUCAGCAAACAUUUUUAAAGAACCUAUAUAAUGAUUAUACUCUGGUGACUAUAGGGUCUCUUUAACCCCUUAAGGACCAAAUUUCUGGAAUAAGAGGGAAUCAUGACAUAUCACACAUGUUAUGUGUCCUAAGGGGUUAUGUGGGCGUAUCGAUUAAAAACAAAAACAGCGCCUAUACUUAAAUGUCACCUAGCUUUAAAUGUAACUUAUUUUAUGUAUUGGUUCCGCAUAAACAUAUAAUUAAAAAUAAAAUAAAUAAUAAUAAAAUAAUACAAUAAUAAAAAUAAAUAUAUAUAUUUAUAUUAUUAUUAUUAUUAUUAUUUCAUUAUUUUAUUUUUAUUUUGAGGUGUACCUGUGAACAACUUAUGCGGUAAAUUACCCACUUUUUAAAAAAAAAAAAAUUUUUUUUUUAUUGAUUUGCAAUAAAUCUUGUAUAACGUUCGCCCCUUCUCCGGCCGCAAAAUGAUAAAAAAAAAAACAAAAAACCUUUCAGUCACAAACCUUACUCUAGUGCCAAUGUCCCUUGCACUGGUUCAUACUCCUCCUCUGCUAAUGUCAUAAGUAGGACAAACUUUGUUUUUUUAAAGCCGCUGGGAGUCCUCAUGCAAAACAUCAAACUCCAUGGAAGGCCAGGAAGCGCCUUACUCUAAAAAGGCAAUGUUUUACAUUGAAGGACUUAUGGGAACAGGGACACUGCAGUGGUCUGGGUGCCUACACUGUCCCUUUUAGGAACUUAUUCACAUUAUAUAAAAGUAGAAAGUUUAAAAAAACAAAAAACACUUCCUAUUUAUAGUGCACAACACUGGGCAUUAGAUAUCAGCAUGACGCUCGGACAGUCAAGAGCCUUUCAAUCAGGUCUGAAGUAUGAACUGUUUUGUUCCUUUAAAAAUCUAUUAAAAAAAAAAAAGUAUGCAAUAUAGAGCUAAUUGUUUAAGCCAAUUUUCCUCUUACAUGUGAAUACAAAAAUGAAUAUCCCUUAAUAUAAGAUUAAUAUAGAACAACGUUUAAGUGUAAAUUUUAGGUGUUUUGUUUCGUAACUAGAGGUUGUUAUUAUUUAUUAACAUUUUGGUUCCUCUGUAUGUUUGUUUUUAAAAGGUUACUCUAACCAUCAUCGUGGUUAUGGUGAGAAGAGUAAAGUAGCUCCAUUUCCCUCAACGGGGCAAACCAUUUUUGAAAAGUUUUUUUUCCCUCUUACCUCAGUCCCUAUGGGCUCCUGGUUUGCGCUGCAGUCAGGUUUAAAGGGAUACUGUAGUCACCAGAUAAAACCUAAAGCUUAUUGUAUUUUCAAAGAAAAUGCAGUGUUUACAUUACAGCUUAGGGAUAACUCCACUGGCCACUCCUCAGUUGGCUACUAGAGGGCCUUCUUGGGGAAGUGCUGUACACUGCAGCACUGUCAUUCAGUGUCUCCACCCUCUGCAUGGAGACACUUAACUUUCCUCAUAGAGAUGCCUUGAUUCAAUGCAUCUCUAUGAGGAGAUGCUGAUUGGCCCGGGCUGUGUUUGGCUCGUGCUGGCUCUGCACUUGAUCUGCCUCCUUGACAGUCUCAACCAAUCCUAUGGGAAAGCAUUGUGAUUGGCUCACCAAAUCACUUCUAAUGAUGUGAGCCAAGCAGGCAGAUCAGGGACAGAAGCAGCUGCUGCAGACCUAAAUACAAGUAAGAUUUUACUAUAUUUAGGAGGGUAAGGUGGGAUAGAUGGUGGUUUUAACACUAUAGGGUCAGGAAUAUAUGUUUGUGUUCCUAACCAUAUAGUGUUUCUUUAAGAUAUGCAGCUUCUACAGAGCUUUAGAAGCCAGAUUCUGAUCCUGCCGCUCAUUUAUUGGCUGAGAGCAUUAGUUGACUGCUUUCCGUCAAUAAAUGAACACACGUGCUUCGAAAUAUGCACAUUAUUGAUAUUAGCAAGCCCAGAACUCUAGUUCCUUGCUGGUUGAGCCCCCAAUGGUGCUGUAGGGUUUCAAAGCAAAGAGCUGCACAUACAGACUCCAGGCACCAUGACCACUUCCAAUCACUGAACGAGGUCGUGAUUCUUAGAGUAACCCUUUUAAUAGCCAAAAAAAAGCCAUUUUGUCCAUUAUUACACAGAAGUUGAAAUUGAUGGGCACUCCCCUUGUCUCCGUGUGAGGCAUAUGUUAGUCCAUGUACAAUGAAGCCUCCUUUUUGUUGUUUUUUUCUUUAUAAUGCACUUCACCUGAAAAAAAAUUUAGUGUGCAAUUAGCUUUAAUGUAUUUUCACUUGUUCACAAUAUGAUAUACAGUUGCAAGAAAAAGUAUGUGAACCCUUUGAGAUGAUAUGGAUUUUUGCACAAAUUGGUCAUAAAAUGUGAUCUGAUCAUCUAAGUCACAACAAUAGACAAUCACAGUCUGCUUAAACUAAUAACACACAAAGAAUGAAAUGUUGCCAUGUUUUUAUUGAACACACCAUGUAAACAUUCACAGUGCAGGUGGAAAAAGUAUGUGAACCCUUGGAUUUAAUAACUGGUUGAACCUCCUUUGGCAGCAAUAACUUCAACCAAACAUUUCCUGUAGUUGCAGAUCAGACGUGCACAACGGUCAGGAGUAAUUCUUGACCAUUCCUCUUUACAGAACUGUUUCAGUUCAGCAAUAUUUUUGGGAUGUCUGGUGUGAAUCACUGUCUUUAGGUCAUGCCACAGCAUCUCAAUCGGGUUGAGGUCAGGACUCUGACUGGGCGACUUCAGAAGACUUAUUUUCUUCUGUUUAAGCCAUUCUGUUGUUGAUUUACUUCUUUGCUUUGGGUCAUUGUCCUGUUGCAACACCUAUCUUCUGUUGAGCUUCAGCUGGUAGACAGAUGGCCUUAAGUUCUCCUGCAAAAUGUCUUGAUAAACUUGGGAAUUCAUUUUUCCUUCGAUGAUAGCAAUCUGUCCAGGCCCUGACGCAGCAAAGCAGCCCCAAACCAUGAUGCCCCCACCACCACACUUCACAGUUGGGAUGAGGUUUUGAUGUUGGUGUGCAGUGCCUUUUUUUCGCCACACAUAGUGUUGUGUGUUUCUUCCAAACAACUCCACUUUGGUUUCAUCUGUCCACAGAAUAUUUUGCCAGUACUGCUGUGGAACAUCCAGGUGCUCUUCUGCAAACUGUAAACGUGCAGCAAUGUUUUGUUUGGACAGCAGUGGCUUCCUCUGUGGUAUCCUUCCAUGAAAUCCAUUCUUGUUUAGUGUUUUAUGUAUUGUAGAUUCGCUAACAAUGAUGUUAGCAUUUACCAGUGACUUUUGUAAGUCUUUAGCUGACACUCUAGGAUUCUUCUUCCCCUCAUUGAGCAGUCUGCGCUGUGCUCUUGCAGUCAUCUUUACAGGACGGCCACUCCUAGGGAGAGUAGCAGCGGUGCUGAACUUUCUCCAUUUAUAGACAAUUUGUCUUACUGUGGACUGAUGAACAGCAAGGCUUUUGGAGAUAUUUUUAUAACCCUUUCCAGCUUUCUGCAAGUCAACAAAUCUUAAUCGUAGGUCUUCUGAGAGCUCUUUUGUGUGAGGCAUCAUUCACAUCAGGCAAUGCUUCUUGCGAAAAGCAAACCCAGAACUGGGGUGUGUUUGUUUUAUAGGGCAGGGCAGCUGUAACCAACACCGCCAAUCUCAUCUCAUUGAUUGGACUCCAGUUGGCUGACAUCUCACUCCUAUUAGCUCUUGGAGAUGUCAUUAGUCUAGGGGUUCACAUACUUUUUCCACCUGCACUGUGAAUGUUUACAUGGUGUGUUCAAUAAAAACAUGGCAACAUUUCAUUCUUUGUGUUUAAGCAGACUGUGAUUGUCUAUUGUUGUGACUUACAUGCUGAUCAGAUCCCAUUUUAUGACCAAUUUGUGCAGAAAUCCAUAUCAUUCCAAAGGGUUCACAUACUUUUUCUUGCAACUGUGUGUAUAUGUAUAUAUAUGUGUGUGUGUGUGUGUGUGUGUGUAUAUGUGUAUGUAUAUAUAUAAUAUUUUUUGCAGUAGUUAAGAAAUUAUUCUAAGUAAAGCUGUUAGUUGUACCAAUUUUGAAUGGAAAAAAGUCACUGAAGCCAGAUUUGUAAGGUAUAGAAAGAUCUAUAGGAGUAAUGGGGUGUUACUUUCAAUUUUGAGUUUGUUUUUGUAAAGUCAUGGGUAUUCUUUUAUUGUGCUAAUAAACUCAUUAUAGAGUAAAUCUGUAGUCACUUGUGUGCGGAAGCAUGUGUUUAUUGUGAGCCUUCUAGAAUUUGAUCUCGCUCAUCUCUUAAACCUGCAUCUUGACUUUAAUGUGACAGUCCUAAGAAAUAUUCAACCUUUUGAUUGACAAUUUUUAUUUAAUUUUUUUUAGAUGUGCACCCCAAGUAACACACCAGCCACACCGCCCAACUUCCCUGAUGCACUGGCUAUGUUCUCCAAGUUGCGAACCUCAGAGAGUCUGCAGCACAGCGGCAGCCCAGCUGCAUCCAAUGCCUGCUCCCCUCCUGGCAACUUUAACCCUUACUGGGCUUCCUCACCUCCUGGCCAGCAGCCAGUGUGGCUUCCUCCAGCCUCUCCCACCACACAUCUCCAUCAUCACCACCAUCAUCCGCAACCAGCAUGGCCCCCCAACACCCAGCCUGCUGGGGGGCCCCAAAAAGCCAUGACUGCCAUGGAUGGGCAGAGAUAAGACUGGGCAUGAGUGCAGUAGGGGAGGCUGUCACAAAUGGUGCCCUUUCUCUUUGCCUCUCACCUUGUUUCUUUUCUUUUUUUUUUUUUAAACCUUUUCUUUCUCCGGGGGUAGGAUGUGGCAAGAACCUUGUCCUCCUCCCAUUUAUAUAUAUAUAUAUAUUUUUAUUCCUCCCCCUCCUCCCCUUUUUAAUAUAUAAGUAUAAUAUAUAAAAAUAUGAAUUUUAUGUGAGGUGCUGGAAGAUGGAAAGCGGAGAAGAAGACGCAGUUGUGCUUUGACGCUUGCAGAAUUAGAAGAUGCAACCUAUUUAGGAUCUUGUAUGGAAUUAAAAAAGGAAAUCCCUUAAUAUAUGGGAAGAGGCUUUACGGUAUUAUCCCUCUUGUUCCUCAAAAUAUCUGACCCCAGUAUUUAUUUUAAACCCGAUUUCUUGGUGGGAAUGAUGGAAUUCAUCAUACGUUCAGCGAAAGCAUCCCUUCAUUUGAUAUUCAAUAGCGAGCGGGUGGGGAGGGAUGACGGAUGAUUUGCGCAGAAGACUUGGACUCUGGAACCUGCAACCAGGAAUAGAGACUGGUAUCUGUAAAACUAUAUGUGAAUGUCUGAUUGUGUUUUAUAUAUAUGCAGGUAUAUUAUAGAAAAAAUGGAGCUUGAGGCUUUCUUUGAUCUUCAACAGAGACCAGUGAUAGCAGCCGCAUCUGCAAAAACAACAAAACAGACUUCUCGCAACAAAAAAAGUUUAAUCAACCAUCAACUUUUCCAGCUACUUUCAAACAAUUCAUCAUAGCACUUUUGGAAUAAAUUGGCAUAUAGGGACAUCUAGAAGAGAUGGUAAUUAUGUAACUUCACCAGAGCAAGGACUGCAGUGGCUCCAGAACUUGGAAAUUAUGCAAGUAAUUACAGUAGUUUCCUUGUUGACACAAUGGUUGUUUAUGCCCGGUUGAAAAAUCAAUUAUAGGCUGCAUUUGUGUUGAAAAGACCACAAUUUUGGCAGUAAUCAUAACAUAGGCUACCUACUCUAGUGGUAUCUGACUGAUUGAUCAUUUGGGGCGGAAAACACCCUCCAUGUUUAACAUUGCUUUCUGGCAGCAAAAGGGGGAUAAUAUGCGCUUCACUUACAGCAAUAAAGUUUAACUCCUUAGAUCUUCUCCACCAUUUUAAGUGUCCCCAGUCACUUGUAUGACAAUCCAUGCUUUGUGUAGUGUAGAGCUAUACUCCAGGUGACUCCAUUUUGUAAUGUCAGUGUGUCCAUUUGCAGCCACCAGGAGCUGAUUUUGUAAAUAAAUAUUAGAGAAUGUAAUGUCAAAAAGGCUUCGGCUUAAUUGAAAUUGGAUGUGUUUAUUAACGGGGAGCUGUAUACAUGAUUUCCUCUUCUGCCUUGGUUCUAAAAUUAUAGUUAAAUAUUGUGUAUUUAACUAUGACCGUACUUAAUUCCCCAGGCCUAACUUUAUGCUUGCCAUCAUUCAUGCUAUAUUUGCAGCCAUAUGUUCCAAAUAUCUUCAUGUGCACCAUCUAAAGGGUUACUCCAAGCACCAUAACUACUUCAGUGAUUUGAAAUGGUUAUGUUGCAUAGAGUCUGUAUGUGCCAGCCCAGAACUAGAGUGCCAUGAUGGCGACUUUCAAUUGUGUGCAUAUUCCUAUGUGUGGAAUUGCAUUCAUUGGUUCAGAGGGGGUUAACUGACUGAUGUCUCCUGUAAAACCUCACUAACCAUAGGAGGAUCCCUGGUACCUGGCAGGGACCCAGGUAAAGGGGAAAACCAUUACUGGGUAUAUGGGUGAGGGUACUACCAGCAUCAUAACCACUACAGCUGGCUUUGGUUGUUAUGCUUGCAGUAACCUUUGAAAUAUAGGUGUAAAUGACAGUGAGUGCUUCUUAUAUAUCACAGGAGAGGAAUUAUGUUUACUGGACUUUUAUUUGGUCAAUUCAGAUUUCAAUUAUCAAGGUGAAGUAUAAGAAGCUCACUGCUUCUUACACUAUUUGUUACAAUAAUAAAGACCCUUAUAGAUUGAAUGGUGUUGACAUUAUGAACACUGUGUAAAUGGAAAAGGAAAAGUAUCUUGUUUCUAAUAUGGCUGUUUUACAAAGCCCUGUUGUUGGCCAAUGUGGACAGUCACUUGGUCUUACCCAAUGAUUUCAGCAUGCUCUUAUCCUAUAAUCAAUAAUGGAUAACCUUUUGUUUAUGAUCUAUUUUGUACUAAUUUAUCCCCCACAAUCUCCCUAGCAUCUGGAGUGAGAUAGUUUCGUCAUAAUAGACUUCUGUUGAACUCCCCCCCCCAAAAAAAAGUUCUGGAAUACAGGAAGUAGCUCUGUAAGCAAGGCAUAUAAGAAAGUAGCAUAUACCUCCUUGGCAUGAUGUAAACUGUACACCUCUAUGAUAAGUGGGGAUUAUUCACUAAACAGUAAGUUGAAAACAAAGGGGAAGGGGAAAACAGGCAAACAUUGGGCUGAGUUGAUCUCCCCCCACUUCCCCAACAGUCCUUUUCCUCAUUAUUUUGCAACUCCAUUAUGAACUCACUACAGCUCAGUUUUACACAGUAAACCUUGACCACAAGUCAAUAUCUGAUUCCUAAUCCAUUUUUUUUCUAGAUUUCACUACUUGCUGCUAGUUCUCUAGAACUUUUAAAAAAAAAUGAUUUAAAAAAAAUUUAUUUGUAGUAAUCACACUUGUACUACCUCAGCUGUAGUCUGCAGCAUCAGAAAAACAAAUGGAGCUAAACCUACGUGUGUGUAAAAAAAAUAAUAAAAAAAAUAUAAAUUUUUUUUUUUCCACGUGAAUAAAAAAUAAAUAAAAGAACCAGUUGGUAGUAGAAGGCAGUAUUUUGUAAUGGUAAUCAUGUCUAUUUUUGUAGGAGAGGUAAGAUGCAACAUUACCCAAUUUCACGAGUUCAAUAAAGUUGUGAUAGGUUUUUUGUUUUUUUUUUAUGUACAGUAAGCAUGUUUGCUAAGAAAGUGAGGAAAACUUUUAGAUUAGACUACAUAUGUAAGCCUUAACAAUGCAAGAAAAUACACCAAUUUCUGAUCUAGUAUUUCACAUUUUAACAUUUUGUAGAUAAAGUAAUAAUUCCCAUUAAACUAAGGUAGGGGCACACACAGAAUAGGAAAGAUCCCAGAAUCAAAUUUAGAAUGUUAUUAAAUGAGGUUGGAAACAGAUUUAUAUAGCCUGCCUCAGAUGUAUGCUCUGUCAUGCCAUUCUAGCACUUAAAAUGUAUGAUUUAUAAUACGUAAUAUUCAUAUUGUUGGUUACAAUGAACGCUACUAAAAAUGGAAUUGAGGUGCAUAUGGACCAUUUUGCUGUCGGGGGCUGCCAUUUUGUCAGCAGCAGAUGAUAGAAUCCACGUCUAUGAGUAAUUUCCCCCCCUCCCCGCCCCAAAGAUUACUGGUAUAUGAUGCAGUACACUGGUCACCUGAGUGGCCCUAUAUCUGAAGUGCAUUUUAGUACUCUGAGAUUGUGUUUCAGGGGGCUUCUGCUUGUUAUGGGGGGUAUAAACAAAGGUGAUAUAGUGGGUGGGUGAUAUGGGAGCUCUAUACUCCUUCCCCCAAACACACAAAAAUGGCUAUUGUAGUCAGAAUCAUGUUUAUAACCCAGAAUCUAAAAAGGAUUCUUUUUAUUUUUAAUUUAAACAGAAAAACAAUAAAAAAACUUUUUUUAACCCAGUCUUAAUUCCUGUUUUUUAUUUUAUACAUACAUUUAUUUUUGUUCUGUGUGUCUAUUGUUGACUAGUAUACAAACCAAGAUAUUUUCAUAUGGACACUUUUUUUGUAUGUUGGAUAAGUGAUGGCUAGCUAACCUUUACUACACUAGUUGCUGUAAGCUACAGUGUUAAUGAUGCUCAGCUAGAGAACAAAAUAUGGCUGGAGAUCAUGGGAGCUAUAGUCUUCUGCAACAUUAAUUUGUAAUCAGACAUCUUGAGCGUGAUUGGAGCUCUGCUUUGUUCUUGGGAUGUGUUACUUGAUGGCCACUAUAGAUGUCAAGAUCUUUCAAGUAGUAGUCCUUUGGCUUUUGUUAGGGAUCGACCGAUAUUGAUUUAAAAAAAAAA